GCGCUUCGGCCAAUCGAGGAAACACGCACCACACACUCGUCUGCAUCCCCGAUUCUCGAUCGUGUGUCACCGCUGCAUAAACACGAGAUACGGUACCAUCGAGUUUAUGCCAAUGCUCGAUUUAUGAGCCCGGGUAUCGCAAGCAUAAGGUUGCGCAAACAUGCAAAUGGUCGUUGCAGCGUGGAUGGUGAUGGAUACGAGGGUGCAUUGCGAGUAUUGUGGGGUGUUGGCUGGAAGUUCAAGGCCCACGAGAUCGACGAGGCAAACUCGCGAGAUACAGCUCCUUGGCCGGCCUGCAUGUCAAUCAACCCGAUGAUGGAUGAAUAUGUGAAGGAGCAAGCGGUGAAGCGGUGGAUGGCGAUUGAAAGAAAAGCUUAUUUUCUCAGCAUUCGAGGCUAAUCGGUCCUAUAUGCUGGACAAUGGUGUUUGAGCUACUAACAACUCACUCCAGGAUCUGGUUGUCGUCUGCAUACUUGUAUUGAAGUAAUUGCUUC